GAUGCAUUUCAGGGCUAAAAUUUUGCUGAUCAAUGACGCGGGGGUCUGGCACGAUAGGAUACUGCAUAGUGUGCGUUCUGAAAAUACAAGUAUACCUGGGUCUUUCGAGAUCUCCCAAGCCAGCUGCUGAUCUCCUGGUAUCCAGUUUAGCGUUCUCCCAUGCAUAACGAGACUCUGGAUUUCUGUUAGUAUCCAUCUCCAGGGAUCAUCGUCAUCACCUAUCCCAGGCUAUAUGCCACAACGGGUUGGAAUUACAUAUUACCAGCAUUUCCUAGUGUCUGCCGCUCAGAUAAUGUCAAAGAUAGAGCGAAUCAAACCUGAGGUCUGCUGGCAAUACAAAUAUCAUAUGUUCUGAAGAGGUUGUUUGGGCGAGCAGAACAUUAUUCAGGACAUAAAGCAAGCUGUUUUCCUACCGCACACAUCUCACAGAUAAUGCGGCUCUCCUUCAUCCUCGCUGUUGUUGCUGCUUUCAAGUUGACAGUGUCUAUGCCAGUUGUCAGUGAUGAUGGUGUCUGUCCCAUCUUCUGCGACAGGAAUCUUUGCUGCCCUAGCUUUAUAUGCAUAGAAGAAGUAGGACGGCAUGGUAGCCCAAAUUGGUCUGUGUCGGGCCUGACAGUGAGGGGACGUGACCCGCCAAGCUACAGUAAGUCGUGUUUCCGCUCUUGCCUUGGUGCAAUGCGGUUGACGACGCGACUCGGACAUGCAAGUAGUUCGUUGCUGAGUACUGAGUGCGGUAGCCGCAGCGAACCCUGCUCGGGCAUUGAAGACACUAUGAUAUAAAUUAGAAAAAUAUGUUUGAAACUGUUAAGCUUGACUGGUGCCGGUGAUGGCAAAAAAAUUCCCACAGACAGAUUUACGCAAGGACUAAUAGCGAGGAUAUAUCUGUUCAGAGCUGGGUGUUUUUAACGGCAGCACGAAGACAUAUCUGCAUAAAAGUGUCUUUCGGGGUGGAGUCGUUACCG